UUCCACCUUGAUAGUUUCGGGACUCGUUGUUGAGAUACUGUCAUCAAUUUUCCGUCAUCAGAACUUUUGAAGGAACUCGGACAUUCCGCCGAACUUGCACGAUGGGUCAUCUCCAGAUCGUGUUGGCUCUUGCCGCUGUGUCCUUCAUCGCCUUGCUGGCUGCGAAACCAGCCGAAUCCUUUGUGUCUUGGCCCUACACCGAUGCCGAGAUCAAGGAAUCAAGGAAGUAUGGCGACUUCCCGCCCUGGCUGAAGCGGUUUUCCUGCUCAAAUUGGUGGAUCGUUCAAAUGAUUUACUCUGUCUGGGACUCCGAUAUGACGCACGCCAAUGCCGUUUCCAUGUGCCAACUCGCCGGAGUCCCAAUGAUGGAUUUCUUUCCCACCCAAACUUUCCACCAAUCCUGCUUCAGCCACGACAUGUUCCCCGUUCACAAGCUGCCCGUCGGACAAGUUGCCACGCUCAACUUCUGGGUUGGAAACUUCAGCAGAGCUCGGCAUAGUUUCGGCGGCAGCACCUGCCGCUCUCCGUGCAAGGCGAAGACUAGCGGCCCUAGGUGUCGCAAGGAGUGCGUCGUCGAGACUGUUAAUAUGUGGUUAGCCACGCACACCGCACCGCCCUUUGGCACGUUCACCUACAAGGCUCUCAACAGUAGCACAGCCUGGGUUGACGCCAAUACGAACUCGGCCCGUCACGUUUGUCACGGCCGACUAAAUGAACACCUCGUCACUGCCAACCGCAAUCCCUUCCCCGGAUAUUUCCAACCCGACGGCAACAAGAAGUAAUCAUUAUCACAUUAACUUAAUAAUAGUCACGUGAUAUCUGUAUGAUAGUGUUGAGUAGUCUGCUGUGUAAGCUAUGUUGCUCACGUCUUCGUUUACUUUCUUCCGUUAUCUGGCGAUUUAUCUGAUUGAUCCUUCCCCCCCCCCCCUCCCCUCUGUGUCAGGUAAAAUAUCAAGCUCUCACUUCCAGUUUUAGAAUA